AUGGCAUCCUACCUAAUCACCGGUGCUUCGUGCGGUCUCGGAUUAGCGUUGGUGAAGGUCCUCCUGGAUGAAUCACCAGAGAAGAUCUUCCAGGUCAUCGCCACGUGUCGAGAGGAAAGCCCGGAUCUGCGGAAACUCAAGCAGGACAAUAAGGACCGUCUGUUCGUGGUCGGGAUGAAUAUCAUGGAGGAGGACAGCAUCCGACAGGCGGUGGCCCAGGUCGAGGAGAUUACGGGGAAGGGGUUGGAUAUCCUGAUCAACAAUGCUGGCAUCAUGAAUGAGACUCUGGGUGGUAUCACCGAGAUGAAUGAUCUUGUGCCCACUUUCUGUGCCAACGUCAACAGCGUCCAUCUCGUGACGAGGGCGUUUCUGCCAUUGUUGCGUAACGGGAAGGAGAGAAAAGUGCUCAACAUUUCUUCGUCUAUGGGAUCCAUUGCUCUGGCUUCCCAAUACACUAAUCAGGCAGCUCCGGCAUACAAAAUCUCAAAGACAGCCUUGAACAUGCUCACCGUGCAAUAUGCCCUCGAAUUCGGCAAAGAAGGACUGAUCUUCAUUCUCGCGAACCCCGGAUGGCUGCAAACCGAUCUCUGCUCUACAGCGGCAGACCUGCCAGCAGGAACUGGGGCAAAGGCUGUCUUGGAGAUCCUGCACAACGCCUCGGCGAAUGACAAUGGCCGUUUCUUCAACAUCAACGUUCCUACUUGGACACCCCAGCCGGGUCAGAACGAGUAUAGGGGAGGCAUCAUCCCAUGGUAG